AUGAGGCGAGUCACACGCUUAAAUGUGAGUGUUGAAAGUCAGUCUUCAAUAAUCCCACAGGAACUCUCACCAUAUGAAUCAAAUGAGCCGGCUAUACCAAAAGAAAUCAACUAUCGCGGGCAGACCGUUGUCGGGUUCGAUCUACGUGGCACUGAUAUGCUAUGUCUACCACAGGUCUACGAGCUCUUUCUCAAGAACAUGGUUGGCGGCUUACAUACAGUUUAUACAAAGCUCAAAAGACUGGAAAUAACACCAAUAAUAUGCAACGUUGAACAGGUACGCGCCCUUCGUAGCAAAAACGCCAUUCAACCGGGUGUGAAUCGAUGCAAACUCAUAGCAGCCACCGAUUUCGAUCGCCUCUAUGACGACUGCACCAAUACAUGUACCCGUCCGGGUCGCCCUCCAAAACGUACCUCCGCCGUCGAAGAAUGGGCAGCGAAACGUGAAAACAAUGAGACAGAAUAUGGCAAUGUGCCAUGCGCAACACAAUUGAAUCCACUUUUCCUUGGACAGUUUCUACCACAAAUCAGUGCUCAACAACUUCUUGUACAACAUAUGAUGGUAUUAGCUGCUGCACAAAAGCAACCGGAGAUCAGUCCAUCAACCAUGGUACUACCAGGUGGGGCAGAUGUUGAAGGUGCGCCACUAAAUUUGUCCAAAUCGAACUCGAAUUCUGAGACAAGCGACAACGAUUCAUUGGAAAAUAUGCGAAAAGAGAGCGAUAUCUCCCCUAAUCAAUCGGAACGAGGAGGAUCAAACUCAAAUAAUUCAUCAUCAUCAGAUCCGUCAGCGGCUGCUACGACAAAGAUCAUAUCUCUUAUCGAUAUGGCCAGCGAGCAUUUCAAACAUCAAAUGGAAUCAAUACGUAAAGAACGAGGCGAGUCCCAGUUCCCAGAACUUUCGAGAAAUGGGAACUGUGAAAAGUCUAGAAAAUUUUUCUAUUUGAACCUCGAGUUCUUGUUUAAAUUACUCUAG